CCCAUGCUCACCACAGCUCGAAGGCCACUCGUCGAGGAAGUUCUUGAUUCUGCUGACAAAAGUUUACGUCUUACCUUACCAGCAGUACAUCAGAACACCAUGAAGACUAAAGCUAACAAUUGAUGUUCUAGGAUAACCAUGGCGGAAAAUCCUGCCAUCUUGCUGCUCCAUGAUGUGUACAACACAAUCAAACGAGGUGCUUCUUGUAUAUACCGGCAGCUGGUAGAUAUACUCAGGGAACAUGUACCCGGCAUUCCCGUGUCCUAUACUGCUUUAGAAGCUACCGAGGAUGACAAAAAUGACGCUAAAAGUAGAAAUGUAGAAUUGUUAUUACCAAAACUUGAGUCAGGUGACCCUAGGACUGAACCAACUCUCGAUUGGUUGACAUUUGACCAUUCUGUAAAAUUCCCACAUCUUCCACAAAAUAUCAGAAGCAUUGUGGGGCAUGCCGAUGUCACAAGUAGGGCAACAGUAAGGAUUAAGAAAGAACGGUACCCAGAUACUAGGGUAAUCCUAUUCACCAGUGACAUACCAGAAGACACCGAGUACUACAAGGGAGAUGAGAAGGCCAUGGGCAUUGGUAAGAAGGAAGACUCCAUCCUUGAAGAUGCACAAGAGGCUGACGUGGUCUUUUCUCUUGGAAACAAGGUAUUUGAUCACUUUGAGAACCAGUUCAGAGCCAUACCUGCAAGCAAGAGGCCUCAGCAUGUCAAGUUUGUUCCGAGACCCUCCAAGAUCUUUGAAGACGCAGAGGCUGAAUACAAGGACACAGAGACAAUGGUGGUCCUAUCCAUUGGUAGGGUGAAGGGUGUGGAGAAACUGAAGGGAUAUGACCUUGCUGUUGAGUCCCUGAGCCUUGUCGCAGACAAGGUGAAAGUAAAAUGGCGUGCCAUGGGAGUUGACAAAGAUGACACUGAAACAUGUAAAGCAAUCCGUACCCACUGUAAGUCAGCAAACUUACAGAUAACCUUCCUCCCAUAUGGCACACAGAAGGACAUCUGUAAAGAGAUGAUGCAGGCCCACUUGGUCCUGAUGCCUUCUCGUGCUGAACCGUUCGGACUGGUCGGCCUGGAGGCCAUCGCAGCAGGCGUUCCUGUUCUUGUCUCCAGCAACUCUGGACUAGCAGACUUCAUUCAUGAACAUGUGGAUGAACUGCAUCAUUCCGUUGUUGACAUGAAUGAAAACGAAGAAGGUGCCACUGUAAAGCGUUGGGCUGAAAGCAUAGAGAGAGUGUUGAAACACAACAAGACAGAGUUUGAAACAGCAGCAAGGUGUAAGAGGAAGCUUCUGUCCACGAAGUACUGGUCAGAAUCUCAUCAGCAGUUCAUUAAGGCCUGUACAGAUGCAGGUCAAACAAUGGACACUCCACAGCGUGGUUCAUCUAAAAAUGAAGAAGCUCCUGAAGAUCCUGACGACAAAAUUGACGAAAGUACAGCCUCUGCUGAGAUUACAGAGACUGGAAUGGAUAUGGAAGAAGCACAAGACCAAGAAGGAACAGUUUUGUAUGAAAUAACACCUCAGCCACCAGGAGGACCUCCUCUUCUUCCUGUUGUUGUGGAGAUACUUGAGCAGGUGUUACCAAGUGUCGAGACUCCUGAGGACAUGCUCAACUAUGCUUCUGCCUUAGAGACUCUUUCUACAAUCACUGUAGAUACAGAUCUUCCUAUAGCUACUACUAUGUUAAAACAGAUUAAAUCAAGAACAAGUAGUAUCACAGAUCUGCUAACAGUCGUCAAAGCAGUCAAGAAACUGGAAAGGUUUAAGGGUAUCAAAGUUUCCUGUGUGAAGACGGGCAGCCUGGUAUUCUACCUGCAAUGUACAGACGUAGGCGGGCUUGGAGAACUGUGGUUCAUGUACCAGUCUGGAGAAUUGGACAACCUGCUACAUAGUAGUUUGAUAAGUGAGGAAACCUUACAACAACUCCAUGCUGAGAGCGUGUCUGUGAAGUCAACCAUCAACAUAGAGACCUUCAGGAAGGCCCUGGUCUACAUUCUCGACUCAUCUCCUGUCAGAGGUCAGCUCAUGCCAAGACUAUCCCAGGAGUACCCUCUCUAUCAGCCACACACACUCACCACUAGCAGAGUGUUGGAUGUGCUCCACCUGGAUCAGAAGAAGCUGCCGCAAAUUCCACAACCUUCACAGAAGGAGGAUGGAGAAGAUGAUCUUCUCGACAAACUAGGCAAUCUUCAAAUAGCAGCCAGGACAUCCGAGGAAACACCAGAAGACACAGAGGUCCAGGAGAUUAAACAUGCUGGAUCGUCAGCCAUACCAGGUCAAAAAACAGCAGAUGAUCAGCAUAAGACCAUUGGUGGCAUGGAGGUUCCACAGAUGAUGUCAGAACUGGUUUCACUGGACAUCAUUGAACUGGAACGACUGAUGGAACCUCAUAGAAAGAGGACUUCCUCCAUAGGCUCAGACUCAUCUGGAUAUGUGACAGGCACUCCAGGAUCAGGACUCAGCAGACCCGACUCACCGACAGGCGAGGGUGACGUCCAGGGCACACUAGAGACUCUCCUUGCAGAACUAAACACACCCGCCGUACAGAGAGACAAGGUACAACAGUUUGACCUGUACUGUCUGAUAGGAGAUCUCUAUUGGAUAAAACUACACAACUUACAGUCAGCCCUACAGUAUUACCAGAACAUGCUAGAGUGUUCUCAGGAACUGUCAGAAGAGACAAAACAAGCCAAGGCCUACAGCAGACUAGGCAUAACUUGUGAUAUGUUAGGUCUCCAAGCUGAAGCCUUUACAAACCAUAAAAAGGCUCUGGCUAUCUAUAGAGAAGAUGCAGGAAACGAAGCUGACAUCUGUGUAGCUUACAAGAACCUAGCCUCAUCGUUAGUACUGUCAGGUCAAGUGUCAGAUGCAAAAACUAACUAUGAAUCAGCCUUAGCUGUUGCCAUGGAGACAGGAAACAAAACUGAACAGUUGGAGAUUUAUGUUUUACUGGGUGAUUUACACAUGGUACUGCUACAUGAACCACAGGAAUCACACAAGUACUACACAGAGAUGUUGGCACUAGCCAGGGACUUGGGGAGGAAGGACAGGGAGAUGGAUGCUUACAACAGACUGGGAGUGGUUUCUGGAGUCAUGAAGGAGUAUGAGGCAGCUCUGGAGUGGCAUCAGAAGAGCCUUGAAAUGAGCCAAGAGGUUGGAAACAAGAAAGAACAGAUAAAUGGACACCGAAAUAUGGGUGGUCUAUACACGUUACUAGGCAACCUGGACGAGGCAACAUCCCACUUCAACACAGCCCUACAGCUGGCACAGCAGACAGGGGAUCAACAUGGGGAGAUGAUGGUUUACUUCUGUAUGGGUGAGAUGCACAGAGAACAACUCCACUCCCCACGUACAGCCAUCCAGUAUUAUGACCAAGCUCUUGCUCUGGCCAGGCAGUUGAAGGACAAGCAUAGGGAGAGGGCGGCUUACAACAGGCUUGGAGAGGUUCAGUGUGAGAUGGGGGAGUAUAGGUCAGCUCUGAAGUCGUUCCACAAGAGCCUGGAGAUUAGCCGAGAGGAUGGAAAUAGGAAAGAACAGAUAGAAUCACACACUCAGUUGGGCAAUGUAUACAGAUUAUUGGGUAACCUGGACCAGGUAACAUCCCACUUCAACACAGCCCUACAGAUGGCACAACAGACAGGAGAUCAACGUGGUCAGAUCGAUGUUUACAUCCAGAUAGGUAACAUGUACAUCGGACAACUCCCCUCCCCACGUAAAGCCACCCAGUAUUUUGAACAGGCUCUUACACUUGCCAAGCAGUUGAAGGACAGGUACUGGGAGGGACUUACUUAUGAGAGACUUGGACUGGUACAUUGUACGAUGGUGGAGUAUGAGGCAUCUCUGGAGUAUUUCCAAAAGUACUUGAAGAUCAAGCAAGAGGGUGGAGAGAAGAAAGAACAGAUUGUAACCCACAAUAAAAUGGGUGGUGUAUACUGUUUACUGGGUAACCUGGAACAGGCAACAUCUCAUCUCAACACAGCCUUACAGAUUGCACAUCAGACAGGGGAUCAACAUGUCAUUGAACAGAUACAUGUUUACUUGGACAUAGGUGAGAUGCACAGAGAACAACUCCACUCCCCACGUACAGCCAUCCAGUAUUAUAAACAGGCUCUUGUUCUGGCCAGGCAGUUGGAGGACAGGCAUAAGGAAGGACUAACUAACGAGAGAUUGGGAAUGGCUCAUUUUGAAAUCGGGGAGCAUGAGGCAGGUUUGGAGUGCUUCCAGGAGGCCUUGAAGAUACAGGAAGAUGGAGACAAGGGUGCACAAAGAACAACACAGUCCACUAUGGGUGAUUCAUCUAGGGUACGGUAUCUACAGAGCAAUGCGACAUCACAGCUUCAACAGAUGAAGAUAUGCUUCAAGACAGCUGAGAUGGUCAGAGAACAAGUGCAGUCCCCUCGUAAAUCAAUCCAGUAUUAUGGACUGUAUCUUGCACUAGCCAGGCAGUUAGAAGACAGGCAUGAAGAGGGACUGGCUUACGACAGACUCGGAAGAGUCCAUUUUGAGCUCAAAGAGUAUGACAAAGCACUGGCCAUGUAUCAAAAGCACCUCAAGAUGAGACAAGAAGAUGGAGACAAAAAAGCACAGGUAACUGCACAUAAGAACAUAGCAAAAUCUUACAAGAAACUGGGAAAGAAGGACCUGGCCAAAUCCCAGUACCAAUCAGCAAUGACCAUUGCCAUGGAGACAGGGGACAAACAACAACAGGAUGACAUUAGAAAGAAGAUUGCUAAACUGUAGCAACAGA